GAAGAUUUUUGGCAUGUUGAGAUAAUAUUUCUGAUAGUUAUUUGGACUAAUAAGCUAAUAGUUAUUUUGAAUGAGAUUUUUUGUUAUUUUGGAUUUUUUUCUACAGUCACACGGAUCAUGUUUUAUUAUCAAAACAACCAUAUACAAAUAUUAACAAUGAAAUAUUAAUUACAACUAAACUUCUGGUUGAUUCAAUUGACUAUCUUUAUAUAUAAGUGAAGUAUAGUUGAAUGAAUCAUGUAAAUGCCGAUGCCGACUCCAAGCGCGUUUUCUCGUUUUUCCAAAAUGGCGUCUAACAGUGAAAAUAUUGUGGAAGAGUUGAUUGAGGUAGAAGUUCUGCUAGAUCAGGAUGUUUUGAACUUGUUAAAAUCAUUCAACCUCUCGGAUCAGGCCAUUGAACAAUUCCUCAGUAAGUGCUAAUAAAAUUAUUAGUCGGGACAUCCAAUUUUCAUUAUUAUUUCUUGAUUUCAGCAAACGGCUACGAUAUCGCCUCGCUGAGUAUCAUUGAGCGCGAAGAAGUGGAAGCACUACUGCCACCGCCAUUGUUGGCGGACCGUACGAAAUCCAUUGAUGGAUUAAAUAAAUGGCGAAUUUCCCAGGUAAUUUCAUUAAUAACUCUGGAAUCCUCAGAAUUUACUUUAAUGUUGAUUGUUUAUAUUCCUUUGCAGGGUCUACGACCAGUUUCAAAACCCUUGAAGGAGAUCUGCCAGAGUAGCUCUUCGUACAAAAUCGGCGCUUCGUCAAAAACGUCCCUUGGUGCGCGGCCGAGAGCUGAAUGGACGGCCCAGAAUCUGAUUUCCCGAUCCAAGAAAGGGAUUCAAAUUCUGGAACAGUUCAAAACCACCAACAUUCUAUCUAAAAAGGACCGGAUUUUCAUAACGCACCUAAUCGUUGACGAAUUCACCGACGAGUUCGGAAAGCUUACCAGAGAAGAGCUUAUAAACAGAUCAGCGGAAUUGUCUGUGCUAUUUCCGACAACCGAGCAGCACAUCUGGUAUCAACCUGCGUUUUGUCGUGACCCAAGUGGCAAAAAAAUCAAAUUUGGACGUGUGCCCAAAGGUUGCCUGUACGAUCGUAAUAAUAAUUACCUGUCGAGCGGCAAUAAAGUGACGAAAACCCCUACAUCGAACCCACCGAGGUCAGAUCAGCAGGAACACCCGACUUUGCAGCUGGAUGUCAACAUCACCGAGGAAGCAGUGACUGCAUAUCAGGAAUCUAAGAGAUGGUUUAAGCAUCACCACGACGAAUGGGAAGAUCUGAAAAGGCGUUGGGAGGCGACUAGUACGGUACGGUUGUACGAAAUAGGCAAACUGGAGGUGCCAUCAUAUCAGAGCAUUCUGGAAGAGUAUCCAGUGCUGCGAACAGGCGACGGGUACCAGCUUGUAAAGGUGGACUUCCACCAGAAAUUUCCAGAAAAGGUUGAUCUUUUGUUCAAUCGGUUCGUGGACUUUCGAACCCGUGCACAAGUUGUCUUCAGCAACGAAGUAUCACCACAAGGGAAACCUCUAUGCGACUUCCUUAAUCACGAUGAUUUGAACGACGAUUCCCGUGAUUGCAUCACAGCGACACUUAUUCUUUACGUUUGGCCCAGUGUAGUCAUGCGCCUUCCGAAUGGAGCAAAAUGGAAGCCGUCACUUCAGGAAGUCUGUGAUAGCAGUAUUGUUUUCAUGAAAUCCUUGACCGAGUACGAGACGGAGCUUGCACGCCUUCACAAUCAAAACCGAAAGAGGGGACUGCCGGAUUAUCCAGUGAUAGUAGUUGUCGGCGAGGACAUCAAGGGAGCCAAUCAAUUCAUCGUGUGCUUCAAUGAUAUCGCUUACAAAGCUGAAACGUUCCUGAAGGCUCUGGACAUCACUUUCAAGAUAUACAAGGCCUAUGGAAUAGCCUUUCCGUUGGAAGCUACGGGACCCUGGCAGUUCAUCGCGAGCUACUUCUACGAUUUUGACGUUCCGAACGAUCGAUAUAAAGCCAGAACCCUGAUGCUUAUUUCGACGCUUCGUAACCAUCUGCCUUCGAAAUGAUUAAAUGUUUCA